UCCCCUCUCCCCCUCACCCAAAAUGCUCCAACUCCGAAACGUCCUGUUCGUUUUUAUUCUUUCUCUAGUCUACCUCUCCUCGGCCGUGCGUCUUCGGUACCGGCGCGAGGCGCUCAUCCAAGGGAAUGACCUCUCUCUGAGAACUAAUGCUGCUCGUAUGGCAGCUGGGCUUGGUCCUCUACCCCCUCGGCGGGCUGACCCUACACGCGUUGCAGCCAAACGAGCACAACCUUCUGGGAAUCCUUGCACCAGCUAUACUAGCGAUUACAUCAAGGUGUACCGAUCUAGCAAUGGUGUCUUCCUUGGUUACAUCAAGAAGACCCCAACCGAGGGCGGAUACGGCCUCACGAGCGGACAAGGAAGUGCGAUCAAGAUUUCAUUCUCAGCCUGCGAUUCGUCAUCGCCAAUCAGUAUCUCCAUUGAUGGUGCUCCUGCGCCAAACUCGUACCUUGGAUUCACUGGAACUAACAUCAAUACGGGCACAAGUUCUUCCGCGAUUCUGGCGCCAGUCAAGAACACACCAGCGAAUUCUCCUCCUAGUAACAACAUGGAAUCUGCGGUUUGGCAAUUCGCUUCAAACCAUAUUGCAGCGCAAUGGGUCAACGUUGAUAGCAGCAAACCUCCCACUUAUCUCUUCUACAACCCCAACGGUUCUGGAUACAUUCAGAUUACUGCUGAUCCCGGAAAAUUCACUCAGCAGUAUCCCAACUCCUACGCCGUUUACUUCGUUGUCUCCAACACCGCUUAGACGCUUCUAUUACCAGACAAUGACAGACUCUUUAUUACGGACUACUUAACGAUUCUUUUAACUACACGAUAUGCCUAGACUCUAAGAACUAUCCUAACAUACAUUCUUCCUGGACUUGUUCCUCCCCUUUUUUUUGCGCAAUGCUUACUCGUUCGGCUACUGAAGUUCCUUUGGUAGCGUAGCCUUGCAUAAUGUUCAUCCACGGUUGGGAGACAUAUAUUAUUAUAUAUCG